AUGGCCGGCGCCGGGCCCCCGCGGCGGGAGGACGCGGAGCCGGCGGCCGGGCCCCCGCAGGACGCGGAGCUGGCGCUGGCCGGCAUCAACCUGCUGCUCAACAACGGCUUCCGGGAGUCCGACCAGCUCUUCCGCCGGCACAGAAAUCACAGCCCCUUAAUGAGCUUUGGAGCCAGCUUCGUCAGCUUUCUGAACGCCAUGAUGACGUUUGAGGAGGAGAAGAUGCAGCUGGCGUGCGAGGACCUGCGGACGACGGAGAGGCUGUGUGAGAGCGAGGAGGCGGGCGUGAUCGAGACCAUCAGGAACAAGAUCAAGAAGAACGCGGACGCCCGGAGGUCGGCGCCCUCCAUGGUGGACCGGCUGCAGCGGCAGAUCAUCGUGGCCGACUGCCAGGUGUACCUGGCCGUGCUGGCCUUCGUCAAGCAGGAGCUCUCAGCGUACAUCAAAGGCGGCUGGAUCCUCCGGAAAGCCUGGAAGAUCUACAACAAGUGCUACCUGGACAUCAACGCGCUGCAGGAGCUGCACCAGCGGCGGCCGACGGGGACGCCCUCGCCCGCCGACGCCGCCAACCACAACCACACGGCGGCGGCGGCGGAGGGGGUGUCGGAGGAGACGCUGAGCCGGCUUCGCGGCGCCGUGAGCUUCGGAUACGGCCUGUUCCACCUUUGCAUCUCCAUGGUGCCCCCCAACCUGCUCAAAGUCAUCAACCUGCUGGGGUUCCCCGGAGACCGCCACCAGGGGCUGUCCUCUCUCAUGUAUGCGAGCGAAAGUAAGGACAUGAAGGCCCCUUUAGCUACGCUGGCGCUGCUCUGGUACCACACGGUGGUGCGCCCCUUCUUCGCGCUGGACGGCAGCGACCACCGGGCGGGCCUGGCGGAGGCCAAGGAGAUCCUGCGCCGGAAGGAGGCGGCGUACCCCAACUCCUCGCUCUUCCUGUUCUUCAAGGGCCGCGUGCAGCGGCUCGAGUGCCAGAUCAACAGCGCCCUGGCCUCCUUCCACGCGGCCCUGGAGCUAGCCGUGGACCAGCGGGAGAUCCAGCACGUCUGCCUCUACGAGAUCGGCUGGUGCAGCAUGAUUGAGCUCAACUUCCAGGACGCGUUCGGCUCCUUCGAGCGGCUGAAAAACGAGUCCCGGUGGUCGCAGUGCUACUACGCCUACCUGACCGCCGUCUGCCAGGGGGCCACCGGCGACGCGGACGGCGCCCAGGCCGUCUUCAAGGAGGUGCAGCGGCUCUUCAAGAGGAAGAACAACCAGAUCGAGCAGUUCUCGGUGAAGAAGGCCGAGCGGUUCCGGAAGCAGACGCCCACGCGGGCGCUGUGCGUGCUGGCCUCCGUGGAGGUGCUGUACCUCUGGAAGGCCCUGCCCAACUGCUCCGCCCCCAGCCUGCAGCGGAUGAGCCAAGCCUGCCACGAGGUGGACGACGCGGCGGCCGUGGGGCUGAAGCUCCUGUUGCUCGGGGCCAUCCACAAGUGUCUGGGCAACGCCGAGGACGCCGCCCAGUUCUUCCAGCGCGCGGCCAGGGACGAGCUGUGUCGUCAGAACAACCUGUACGUCCAGCCGUACGCGCUGUACGAGCUGGGUUGCCUCCUGCUGGACAGGCCGGAGACGGUAGCGAGAGGCCGAGCGCUGCUGCUUCAAGCGAAGGAGGACUUCUCCGGCUACGACUUCGAGAACAGGCUGCACGUGCGCAUCCACGCAGCGCUGGCCUCGCUGCGGGAGCUGGUCCCCCAGUGA